GAUUGCUACAGAUUCUAUAUAUGUACGAAAAGAGGCUUUAUAUAAGAUCGAAAAUAUACCGGCAUUCUUCAAGCAAGUUGAGGUAAAGUCAGAUCCAAAUUUAUGUUCACACUAUCCUUCUUGUGCAAUGUGUACUGAUCCAAAAGAAUUAUUUAUUUCAAAAUCUGAAUAUGCAAAAUGGAUUAAAGAGUUUCUAAAAACAAAAAGGCCUCUAGUAAAAUAUGAUUGCAAAAGACAUAAACCAUUUGUUUGCAGAUUUUGCUUUGGGGAAUGGUUUUAUAAACCAGACUCCUAUGCUCUUUCACAUCAACCAGAAGAACAAGAAAUCCGAGAAAUUCAACCCGGUCAAUGGCGUGACAAAGGUGAAAAAAUAUAUAGACCAGUUACUGAUAUUGUAUACUGGCCAAAGAAUAGACAUUGGGAAUCGAUCAAAAAUAUUCCUGAAAGUACAGCACCCUCGAUUCAUGAUCCUAUUACAAGAUGUCGGAAAUCAUAUCUUAAUGGAGGAGGUGGUUCAGGAAAAACAACGCGUGCAAUUCGAAUUUUCAAAAAUAUAAACAUGGUUGUAUUUACUCAUACAAAUGCAUUAGCUAAAGAUUUUCGAGAAAAACGUGAUGUAAAAGCUCAAACCUGGCAUAGUUUCUUCAGAUGGAAUGGAGUGGGAGAGUGGACACCUGAACGCAUGGGAGAGAAAAAAUUUCCACGAGUUGUUAUUUGGGAUGAGGUAAUUUGUUGCGGUGAUGAUGCACAACCUCCGCCAUUCUUCGGAGAAAUGCCACAUAAUUGGUUAAAAGAGCAUGCUGAUUAUUACGAAGAAGUUUUAACUGAUUAUCGUGCAAAAUGUCCUAAAUUACAUGAACUCAAAAAAGCUAUGCGUCGACAAAAUAAUCGAAUACAAUCAAAAUUAUUUCGAGGAAUUCUCCCAACUAUAGAAAAAUGGGAACAUCUCAAAAAGGAAUGGACUCCCUCAGAUCGCAUAUUAUCAGCACAUAUACUUUCCCGGAGAAUUGCUUCCCAAAAAUGUUUAGAACUUCAUCAAAUAAAAUAUCCUGAAAUUCCAAUUCCAUUAAUUUAUAGGCCAAGAGAUGGACGCAAACAAAACUGCCUUGUCCAGAUCCCUGGCCUAUCUGAAAAGAAGGAGUUAGUAAAAAAUGACAUAGUAUACUUAUCCUUAAAUACACUUCCUGACAAAUUCUUAAAAGAUAUGUUGGCGGAUAAAAAAGUCAUAGAUUGGGAACUUGGAUAUGCUAUGACUAUUCAUACUAGUCAGGGGAUGACUCUUAAGUCACCACAGCGUGUUUGGAUUAUUGAUGAAAACUUAGCCUGGGAUAAUCUAAUAUAUUUGGCAGUUGGUCGUGUGGAAUAUUUAAACCAACUCAUUCGGGUUGAAGCGCCUCCAUUACCUCCUGAAAUUGCCCAAGAGAUUGAGGAGGCAAAAAAGAAAAGACAGCUAAAGCACAAAUUGAGACCGUCUAUUCAGGAAAAACUUAUCGGAUAUAUAGGCCAGGACAAAGAAAAAGGUCGUAAAUUUGAUUUAACAGUUGACUAUAUCCUAACAUUAAAAUGUAUUCAAGAAGACAAAUGCGCAUCAUGUUUCAUCGAAAUGAAAUUCGAAUGGGAUCAGCCAGGAGAUAUACUUUAG